AUGGACACAAUGAUUUACCUUCUGGUUGUAAUGUUAAUAAAAGCUGUACCAUGUAGAAGUUAUGCUCGAUGUUUAAGUGGGUGCAGCUGUAUUGAUGAUCGUCAUGGAAGGUCACUCAUAUGUAUGGAAGAAAGCGCCUUCGGGGCCAUUCCCGACAACCUUCCAGACGAUUUGAUCAAAAUACGGAUAGAAAAAUCCCACUUCACUGAAAUCCCGAGAGGAGCUUUUUCCAAAACACCCGCAGUGGAAAACCUGUGGCUGAACUUUAACGACAUCACAGUUAUAAACUCAAAAGGUCUGGAGGGUUUGCGGAACCUCACCGAGCUCCGUCUGCAGGGGAACAAGCUGCGAUCAGUACCAUGGACAGCGUUCGAGGACACACAGAACCUCAAGAUCCUGGACCUGAAGCACAACCAGUUGGACGUCCUCCCGGAGCACGCCCUCAAAUUUCUACCAGGGCUCACAUAUUUAGAUUUAUCCUUCAACCAGCUCACGGUCAUAUCGAAAGAAGUCUUCCAGAACUGGCCUCUUUACCAGAAAAUACAAAACGCAGAGGAGCGGGAUGUCACAGCGUCCAGGACGAACGUCGUCCUGGCGCUGCACGACAACGCCUGGCUUUGCGACUGCCGCCUGAAGGGCCUCGUGGAGUUCAUCACAUCUUUGAGUCCUCCGAUCAUACUGAUGAACUCUUACCUAACCUGCUCAGGGCCGGACUUUAGGGCGGGCAAGUUCUUCCACGAGAUCGAGCUGCAGGCGUGCACGAAACCAGUGGUCAGUACGCCGAAGGCGAACAUGAGCCUGCCUCUGGGAUCCAACCUCACCCUGCACUGCAACGCCAAGGCGAGGCCGGACCCUGCUGUGUGGUGGACAUAUGGUCUGAAGAUAAUCAGAGGAUUUCAUGAGUCCCAAGAAAGAGUUUCCGAUGACACCAUCAGAUCCCACCUGGUGAUUCCGUCCCUUAGUGCAGCAGACCGUGGGGUCUACACCUGCACUGCCUUGAACUUCAUUGGGAACUCCUCGGCGAGCGUCCUCCUGGAUGUCAUCUCUACUGACAGUUCCUCGUCAUCUCACGUUGCAGGCUUCCCAGCUGCAUCGGACGUUGCAGAUCAAAAUGUCUUCAUUGACAUUCGCAUUGCCAAGCAGACAGUGCGUGGCAUCUCAAUUGAGUGGUUCGCCGCACUAGAACGGCCCUCCGAGACAUGGUUUACCAUUCACUUUGGUCAAGCUGGUAAUGAUAAGAAAGAAAUGACCUACAUUGGGCCAGGUAUUCACUCCUACUCUAUCUCAGAUCUGAUACCUGCCACCAAAUACGAAAUCUGUGUAACUCUAAAGAACCAGAUGCCCCGACCAGGCCAGUGCAUUGUGUUUGUGACAGGAACUGACAUCACAGAGAUGGAACAGAGGGAGAAGCUAAUCCAUAUAGUGGUGAUAGUUUUAGCCAUGGUGCUGGCCGUGCCGAUAGGCAUGUACGUCUGCACCACUGACACUCGAAUUCCCUGCUAUGAGGUCAUCAUAGAGUCAUGGAAGAGACGGCAGAGAGAAAGCAACUCAUCUGGGAUGGAACGGGAGAGACAGGGCACUUUUGACAGCCUGCAGGCCGCCAGUGAUGAGGAGCUGGUCAAUAAAGAUUUCAAUGAAGACAGACAGGUGAGGAGGAGGUCUGAAGACAGAUUGCGUAAAGGCAAAGCUGAUCAGAGCAGACUGACCGCUGAACUAUAUUGA